CUUGACUACCUCUCUUAGCUACGGCAAGCCAGCACUGAAUUAAACAAUCAACCUUCUCUCUUCUCAGCUUCUCCUUCUCUCUUCCUCUUCCAUGCCAACUCUCAUCAUCUGAAUCAGGUUUUGAAUUAGGGAUUCGAAACGUUAUGGAUAGCAACAAAGACGAUGCGGCGAGGUGUCUAAGGAUCGCCGAAGACGCCAUCGCUUCUGGCGAUAAGGAACGCGCAUUGCGAUUCAUCAAAAUGGCGAAACGUCUUAAUCCAAGCCUCUCCACCGAUGAACUCACCGCUGCUUGUGACAAUCUCGAUUCAGUUUCGGAGAAUCCAUCUCCUAAGCACAAAGCUGUUGAUGAUGGUGAUAAGCUUGAGCAUAAGACUAACGAGGAAGAGAAUAAGAAGGUAUAUUAUACUGAGGAGAAUGUUGAAUUGGUUAGGAGUAUCAAAAGGAACAACGAUUACUAUACGAUUCUAGGUUUAGAGAAGAACUGUUCAGUUGAAGAGAUUAGAAAAGCUUAUAGGAAGCUCUCAUUGAAAGUUCACCCUGAUAAGAACAAGGCUCCUGGCUCAGAGGAAGCUUUUAAGAAAGUUUCGAAAGCGUUUACGUGUUUGAGUGAUGGUAACUCGAGGAGCCAGUAUGAUCAGGUGGGGUUUGUUGAUGAGUUUGAUCAUAUCCAGAGGCAAGGUACUCGUAGUAGGCCGAGGAGGAGGAGGUAUAACACUACGCGGAAUGAUUUUUUCGAGGAUGAGUUCGAUCCUGAUGAGAUAUUCAGAGCGUUUUUUGGUCAGCAGCGAGAUGUGUUUGGUGGGGCUACACGUGCUUAUAGAGCUAGACAAGCGCGUGCUCAACCACGAGAGGAGGAGAUUAAUUUUGCUGGACCGACUUGUUUGACGAUGAUUCAGAUAUUACCGUUCUUGCUGCUUUUGUUGCUGGCUUAUCUGCCCUUUUCUGAGCCUGACUAUUCUCUGCACAAGAGCCAGACUUAUCAGGUGCCAAAGACGACGGAGAAUAUGGAGAUUAGCUUUUAUGUUCGAUCAUCCUCGGCUUUUGAUGAGAAGUUUCCGCCUGGUAGCUUUGCUCGUGCUAACCUUGAGGCUAACGUGAUGAAAGAGUACAAAAGCUUUCUUUUCCAGUCAUGUCGCAUUGAGAUCCAGAGAAGGCGGUGGAACAAGAAGAUGCCAACUCCUCACUGCAAUGAACUUCAAGAUCGUGGGUUUGUUGAUAGGCAAAUACCGAUAUGAAAUCAGCUCAAAACUGUCCAAGAUUUUGCGAAGACUGCCAGAUUUGACGUUCUUGGAGCUAAACGUGUAAACUGUAACGUGUAAUGUGUCUAGGGAGGAUAACUAUAAUCUUUUUUUUCUUGCAUAUGGAUUUGGGGAUAAUAAUUCGUAGGAGAAUAUUGAGAACAACAGAGAAAAAAGUCCUUACAAGAGAGGUACCACUUGCUAUACUCAUAUUAUGAUUCAAAAAGAAACUGACUCGAACAGUUCUCUUAAAAAUAUGCAGAAUAAUAGUUCUAUUAACAUCUAAUAUGAUAAUAGGGCUUUGAUUUGUUUCAGUCAGAUCAAAGCUGUACUGAU